AACGACUACCACAAGAAGGCGAUUUAUCAUCAAGUCACACCACCGCCAUAUCAACAACAACAGGCAUCGCAUCAGGCACAAACUGCACAUGGCAGACAUGUGAUUGAAGAUUCAAAGAGAGCUUGUCUGGGUAAUCAAGGAAAAGAUAGUGGUUUCAGUUGGGAUAAAUACAUUCCAACAGACAGUAAAGUGUGUUUGGCAGAUCAAGACGAUGAAAAGUUGGUUGAAGGUUUCAGUUGGGACAAUUUUUGCCCAGACCAAGAGUUCAUGGCCAAAGAGAUGUCAAAUGUUAAAGCCUUUGUUGCUAAUGCUAUGAUGAGUAUUGGGCUGCAAAAUACAGAAAGGUCAGGGAAAAAGAAGAAGAAAAAUGGAGAAAGAUUGAAGAAGAGGAAGAAGAAGAAGAAAGAUUAAAAGCUGAAGCUGAAGCCGAGAAAAAGAGAAGAGCUGAGAUGUUUCAAGUGAGAAGAACAGUCAAAGAAGUUCCGGAAUUUGAAAUCAAAGUUGAUACUGAAGCAGUCAAAGUUCCUGAAAAAUGCUUAAAUUGUGAUUGUUUGAUCAAACAAAACAACGAAUUGCUACACAACAUUAAAAUAUUGAAAGAAUCAUAUGAUACUUUGAACAGAGAGAUCAACAAGUACACUGAGUCGAAUAGUGAACAAGCUGUAGCAAUGAACACACUCAAAGGAGCUUACAUGAGACAACUUGAUGUCAAUUUCUACACAAAGAAGUGUGCUGAGUUAGAAUUGAAAUUGGCAACACAAAGAAUUGAAACUGAAUGUGUUAACAAUUUAUUAAAAAGUUACUCAUGUUCUACUUUUGUUGUUGACAGGAUUUAUCCGAUUGUGGAAGAAUUGAAGACGUUUGAAGAAGAAAAGACUUCAGAAGAAAAGAAGUCCGUGACAAAAGACGAGGAUGAAGUAAAAAUUUCUGGAAAAACGACAGAGGCUGAGAAAGAGCAAGCAUUCAGGAAGCAGACGAAUCAAGAGUUCCUUGCCAAGAAGCAAGAGGAAUUGAAGAAGAAUGUUGUUCAGAAAAAGACAGAAAAAAGAACCUGUUUUCAGUGCAAAACUGUUGGUCAUAUUGCCAAGAACUGUCCGAAAACUUUCAAACCAAAACAGGAAGUUUCUAAAAAAUUGAAGGAAAAGGUUGUUGAGAAAAUCGAACCACCAACAAACAAAUCUAAAGUUUUUGAAAAUUCAAUUUAUGAAGUUGGUGAGUAUUCGAAAAAUGUUUCCAAAAAGAAGGAGAAACUUAACAAUCAAAUAUGGGUUGUUAAGAAAUCAAGAAACAGUUCUAGUGAUGAAUCUGAUUCCAUAAAAUCAGAGGAGCCAUAGGUUGUUGUGAAAGAUGAGAAGAAAGUUCCGCCAGUGGAUGAUGUGAAUUUUCCACCACUGAGUGCUAAGAAUUUGAAAUCAAAAAUCGGAAAAGUUGAAAUUUCAAAUCAAUUCUUUCCUAAAACGAAAGAAUUGGAUAUUGAAAAGGCCUUUAACCCUGCUGUGAAAAACAUUUUUGGAAAGAUGAUUGAGGGGAAGGCUAAAGGGGUUAAAGAAUUUUAUCAAUUGAAAAGGAAAGAUACAACCCCAAAUGAGACUGAAAAAGUUACACCCAAGGCUGGUCAGGCUUAGGUGGAUAUAUUUUUCGUUGAAUAGAAACCUGACUUGCCGGAGCUCCCAAGUUGGUAAUCACGGAG